AUGGUCGUCGGCGGGCCAAUAAUCACACUUUCCAAUGGCGUCAAGAUGCCACAAGUCGGACUAGGGACAUGGCAAUACGAUCUGCCACAGUUUUUCCUACUUAUUUUUUUGAUCAAUUUCGAAAAACGUCGAAGCUUUUCUAUUCGUUCUGAAGGUUUUUCAAUUCAGUCAAGUCAUGAUGAAGUGAAGGCGGCAGUAAAAACUGCGGUGGAAGCAGGAUAUCGUCUGAUUGACACGGCUACUUGUUAUCAAAAUGAAGACGCCAUCGGCGAAGCAAUCAAGGAAUUGAUCAAAGAUGGAAAAGUCACCCGGGAAGAGCUAUUCAUCACCACCAAGCUGUGGGCAACUCAUCUGCACCCGGAUGACACGGAAGGAGCUCUUCGCGACUCUCUUCGCCUUCUUCAGCUCGACUAUGUUGAUCUUUACCUUGCUCACAUGCCGGCUUGUUUCAAUCAUGACAUGUCGGCGCAGAACCGUGAGGUAACCGUGCAAGAUGUGUGGCGAGGCUUGGAAGGUGUGCAUAAGAAAGGGCUGGCCAAAGCGAUAGGCGUUUCUAAUUGGAGCGCUGAGCAGAUCGAACGUGUAAUGAAAACUGCCUCCGUGCCUAUUCAUAACUGUCAGGUGGAACUUUACCUCUACUGGCCUCAGCAUGAAUUACAAGAGGUUUGCAAGAAGCACAACAUUUCCCUCACUUCCUAUGCAUCAUUGGGAUCACCUGGACGUGUAAAUUUCUCGCUUCCCGGAGGAGUAAAACUUGACUGGGCGCCUGCACCGAAUGCUCUAGAGGAUGAACAUGUGAAACAGUUGGCCAAGAAUUAUUCUAAAACUCCAGCUCAGGUUAGAAAUUAUCUGUGCGGCGAAUCGAACCCCUUUAUUCCGAUUUUUGAUU